AACGAAGCGAUUAAAUCCUUUUGAAAGGAUAAAACACGUGAGCAAUGGCGCAUGUCGAACCGGCCGCUCUGACGGCCAGAAGGCGAUCAUGGCGAUCACCUCACCAAUUGUUUUUCCUUGUGAUUGGCGCAUUCCUCCUUAGCCGAAGAGGGGUGUUGGCGCCUGUGCUGUCUGUUGGACAAGAAUCACAGCUCUUGCAAGAGGUAGAGCAGAAGGUGAAAGGGAGCAAGGUGUUUUUGGUGUCCAAAGCCUAUUGCCCUUUCUGUCAGAAAGCUAAAGAAGUUCUCAGCAGCCUUGGGGUUGCAUUCGACUUGCUGGAACUGGUGGAUGUGAACAAGCAACCUUUGGUGGAUGAUCCUGAAGCUGUCCUCGACUACAUGCAAAGGAUCACAGGGGCUCGCACGGUUCCACGUUUGUUCAUUGCCGGGAAGUUCAUUGGUGGCUGUGAUGAUAUGAUCCACAUGGCCCAGUCCGGCGAACUUCAGAAAAGAUUGAAAGACGCUGGAGCCAUUUGAGGCAUCAUGUGCAAAACGGCGUGCGAAUGGGAUGUGCAUAGUGCGAUAUAGAUGUUGAUCAGUUGCGUUGGGCCACACGGAUCGUAGCAGAGGAGCCGAUGUUGGCUCAGACUGGACCACAAGUUCUUGAGGCGAGUUGACAUUUUUAGAGGCCAAAGGCACAAAGAAGCACCUCCGGCUUGGAAUACAUGCAUGGGGUUGUUCGACAAAGAUGUCAGCACCAUUCAGAGCGCAGAUGGCCUUGAAUUGAUCAGUCGAAAAACA